CAUGGAAGCGCCCUCGCCGCAGCAGUUGGAGACGCUCAAGUAUAGCGACCUGCAGCGCCUGGCCAAGUCUGCGGGGCUGAAGGCCAACCUCAAGGCGGAUAAGCUCUUAAAUGUGUUGAAGCAGCACUUCUGUGAGCCAAUAAACGAAAAUGGAAAUAUGGUAAGCACAAAAAAAGCCUCCUCUUACACAGAUGCAGAGGAGUGUGACAGCAGUCCAAUUCCUGUAAACCUGUCCAUGGUCACCAAAAGACGUAGAAAACACAAAGAUAACAAAGCACUGAAAAAUCCCAAAGGAAAAAAUGUUCAUGAAGAGAAAACAGAAGUUCAUUCAGAAAAAGAGAUUCUGACAGAGCUGAAAGAAAAUAAAGAGACCCAAGAUUCUGGAAAUACACUGAAUGUGAUCCAAAAUGAAUGUCUAACAAACAGCAGAAUGGCAGAAAUCUUGGCAGAAAAUUCUGCCACUCCAAGCCUACAACAUGAGAAGGAUUCUACUAUUCAAAAAAGAGCUGAAAACAAGACUCUUACAGAUUCUUUCUCUGGAAAGAGACCUUGUUACACAGGCAGCGUGUCCAAACCUGCAAGAACAAAGACAACUACUACCACUCCGAACUUUAAGAAGAUUCAUGAAGCUCAGUUUAAGAAAAUGCAAUCUAUUGAUGAUUACAUUGAAAAGAAAAAGAAAAUGAUUCACAACUUCAGCAAUUCAGUUAAUGAGGACAAGGUGCUGGCCAAGAAGAGUAACUACCGGAAGACCUCUCAGAAUGAAAUGCUUAAUAGUCAUUCCAAGACACGUUCCAGAGGGAUUUUAUUAAGCCCCCUUCCUCAAAAGAAUAUGCUCUCUGCUACGUGUACUCCUGUAAACUUGAGACGUUCACCACGCAAUUCUCUUGGCACUGCGAACAAAAGUAUUUUAUCUCGGAAAUCAGCAUUCAACUCAACUGGCCUCUCAGAAACCAAAAUGAAUGUCAGAUUCUCUGAAUCUACAACAGACAAUGAGCACAAGCGCUCCCUUACCAAGACUCCAUCUAGAAAAUCUCCAUUCCUGAACUACGGUACUCCAGACAGCCAGAAGAGCAAUAAGUCUGUUACUAGGAAGGACAUCAAAGGAAGUACAACCAAAUGCCAACUAACAGAAACCCCAAUAAACUCUGCUGUUACCCCCUUCAAGUUUGUAACUCAGACUGAAGAACCCACAAGCACCAAGAAGCCAAUAUUUGAUCUGCAAGCAAGUCUGUCAAGGCCACUUAGUUAUCAACCACACCGAGGAAAACUGAAACCUUGGGGCAAAUCAAAGGAGAACCACCAGAAUAUAUGUUCCCACAAAAGAGACUAUAAACAGCCACUCCUCCAGACCAGAGAAGAGAGGCGUGAGAAACAUGCACAGGGGAGAAAACAGAGAAAAGACCAAGUGCUUGGAACUCGGAGAGGAUUGAGAGUUGUUUAAAGCGAACUCCAAAAUUGUUCUGUUACAUAAUGUUCUACAUGCAAAAUUUACUUCCUUGUAAAUAUUUGUUACUUAUUUUCUAUGCAGUGACAUGCUUAAGUCCACCUUUUAUCAGAACAAAGCUACCCUAAUGAGGAUUUAGGGCAGCCUUCCCCAAUCUGGUGCCCUCCAGAUGUGUUUAGGUGAUGGGAGUUAUAGUCUAACACAUCUGGGAAGUGCCAGAUUGGAAAAAUCAGAAUUAGUGGCACUAAAUCCAGUUAUUUAGCCACUUAAACUACAAUUCUAAAAAAAGGCCUGUGAACAACUUCAGAACAACUGUUAACUUUUUUCCCUUUUCUUUGCAAAUCUUAACUUAACAAAGCCUGGGCUGGCUGGAAACAAAGCAUGGACCAAAAAGCUCUUGUUGUAUUGGACAGUAGAGACAAAACAUCUUUAGAUCCACUUAAUUUAGAGUGUUUUUAUACAAUUUUGUUAAUUUACUAUAAUUAAAAUAUCGAUGUUGAUAAUA